AUGAGGAGCUGCCCUUCCAGUGAUUUCCCCCUGCCCACCCUACCCCCUCUGGAGGGCGUGCUGAGGAGAGAGGAGAGUGUGCCCUGGAGAGCCCUGCCUCAGCUUCAGGCCAACUUUAAGACCAAGGAUGCCCUUUUCACGAUGCUGCAUGACCUCAGACCCCAGGAUCAUUUCAUUAUAAUUGGAUUUUCCAACCAUAUCAAAAUGUGGAAGGACCAUUUGGUGUCUGUCACUCCCAACAACGUCAAAGACAGCAAGGUCCACAUUCACCAAUCACCCUCCGGAGGCACAGACAUCAACAGGGCCCUGCAGAGGGACAUCAUGCUGCUCAACGACUAUGUGGCCCACCACAACUUCGAGGACUGCAUCGUGUCCCUGGCCAUCUUCCUGACAGAUGGGAAGCCCACUGUGAAUGAGACCCACACCCUCGAGAUCCUGGACAACACCCUAGAGGCCGCCAGGGGCCGUGUCUGCAUCUUCACUGUGGGCAUCAGGGAUGACGUGGACUUCAGGCUGCUGGAGGAGCUGUCCCUGGAGAACUGCGGGUUCACGUGGUGUGUCCAUGAGGAUGAGGAUGCCAGCGCCCAGCUCAUCAGGUUCUACAACGAGAUCAGGACCCAUCUCCUCUUGGACAUCUGCAUGGAUUAUCUGCCCAACAUGGUGGAACAAGUCACCAGGACCAUGUUCCCCAAUUACUUCAAAGGCUCAGAGAUCAUUGUGGUGGGAAAGCUGGUGGACAGGGCAAAGGACUGGUUGAACAUGGAGGUCACAGCCAGCAACAAUAAGAAGUUUGUCAUCCUCAAGAAGGAUGUCCCUGUGGAGCCCUGGUGGGUGGGGAGUGAUGUCCCCAGGGGCCCCGGGCCCAAAGGUGGCAGCCAGGAGGACCCCAACCAGAGCUCCUGGCUGCAGAGUGACCACGAACAGGAGAGGGACCCGCUGAGGUGGAAGGCACAGGCCCUGGCAGUGGCCCGGCGCUUCCUCUCACUGUUCACCUUAAUGAAGCUGAGGGGCACCACAGAACACACCCCGGAGGCCACCUACGGCCUGGCCAGCAUGUCAACAGCCACGGGGCCCAAAACAGUGAUGCAGAGCCUGCGGGGUGACCACCUGCAGCCAGGACCUGCUCUCAAGAAACCAAACAACCCAAGAAUUAAAAUCUCUAAAACAUCAGGUCAGUUCCUGAACCAGGAGGCCAGUCUCACCGAGGAGGCUGCUGGGCUUGGCAAGAACCCUACCAAUCCUCCAGUCCCCACAGGGUGGCCACCACCUGUGUCCCACCCCUGGUGGGAGAGGAGGUCCGCCAUCUGCAUGAGCGAAGGAAAGCUGAGUGCUUCUCAUAAACAGGAUGGCCCUCAUGGGUGUAUUUCACGGGCCUGUCUUGAUGCUGCAGAGCCGGCCAGUGGAAUGAUGAAUCUUGCACUUGCAUCUCCAGCCUUGGUCCUGAUUCUGAUCUAA